AGGAAGCGUUUUGGACCAGAGCCUGGAGAGCCUGCUGCACCGCCUGCGCGGGCUGUGCGACAACAUGGAGCCGGAGACCUUCCUGGACCACGAGAUGGUGUUUCUAUUGAAGGGGCAGCAGGCCAGCCCCUUCGUGCUGCGGGCGCGGCGCUCCAUGGACAAGAGCGGCAUGCCCUGGCACCUGCGAUACCUGGGCCAGCCGGAAAUCGGAGACAAAAACCGACACGCACUGGUGCGUAACUGUGUGGACAUCGCAACUUCGGACAACCUGACAGACUUCCUGGUGGAGAUGGGCUUCCGCAUGGAUCACGAGUUCGUGGCCAAGGGGCACGUGUUCCGAAAGGGGAUCAUGAAGAUCGUGGUGUACAAGAUCUUCCGCAUCUUGAUGCCCGGCAACACGGAUAGCAUUGAGCCUCUCUCCCUAUCCUACCUUGUCGAGCUUAACGUUGUCGCUCCAGCGGGACAGGACAUCGUUUCUGAUGAUAUGAGGAACUUUGCAGAGCAGCUGAAGCCCUUAGUGCAUCUGGAAAAAAUUGAUCCUAAAAGGUUAAUGUGAUGAAAAGCUGGGCAGCUCAAGCAGUGCUGUCACUGAUAGUCCAGUAGGAACUAACCUUUGUUCAAAUCAUUCUGUGUGUAUCUUUAGAUGUAGUAAAUGUAUGCAGUCAGGAUGUCCAUGUUUGAAAGCGUUAGCAUGAUUAAGUAGAAUCAUAGAAUUAUGGAGUCUUUGAAGAUGGGAGCGCCUUGAAAAAACGUGUAGUUAACUGGCUUGACUACCAUGGCCUUGCUGUAGCCAGCUGAGAGUGGUUGGACGCCAGUGCACACAGAACUUUUGUUCAUGGACUCCACUGUGUCCUCUCCCCUGCUGGAGCAGUAAGCGAUUCUAAGGUGCAACACAUAAAAAUAUUGACUUUAUGGUGUCGGGCAGGGAGGGGUUAGAGGCUUUAAUGUAUUGGUUUUGUUUGGUAAUCAGUCAGCAUUUGGUAUUUGGUUAUACACGUAGAUGCACGCUUAAGAGCAGAGUGUCUGUAAUUUUUGAUGAAAGAUUUUGUUGGAAAUAUGAGGACCACUCCCUUGUUGAGAUUCACCCUUACUAGGGGGAAGAAAAUGAAAUAUUACGGUAUGCAGUGGUGGCCAGUCUAUAAAUUGUAUGGGAAAAGUGGCCAGAAAUGGGAGCCUUGAAAGUGAAAGAUAAAAUCCCUUUUAAAGUAUUUAAAUGUGAGUUUGGAAAUAAGAUUUUAACUCAUGAAUUUUUGUAUAUGCCAGAAUGCAUUUGUUAUAAAAUGAUUAUUAUACUAGACAGAAAUAUAAGUUGAUGGAAAUGAAUUUGAGGGCUUUAGUGAUAGUUUCUGAAUCCGGGAAGAGCAAAAAUUAAAAAAAAUGUUUCUCUGCUUGUGAUAUUGGAAAAAAGAAUGUAUUAAGUGACACGAUGAAGAAAAAGAUAUGCAGUUGCUAGUGGCUGGUUCCACAGAUGAGAUAAAUGAUGAUUGUGCUGAAUGUUGGUGGGAAGGAACUAAGGGAAAGUUAAGCCGUGAGGUCAGAAGGACUUGUGGUCUGUUCUGAAUCAGGGCUGCUACAACAGCCGGCAGCCAUUGAGGCUCCUGUGAGACAAACAGGGGGUCUGCUGGAUUGCCUGAGUGCAGGUUCCCUUUUCUGCCUCCAGUGUGAUGAAUUAGAAGGAGUCUGUUGGAUCAUAUAGAGAAUAUCCAGGUAGGGGUCAUAGUCCUUACCGUAAGUCGUAAUCCUGAUUGGAAAGAUACACAGGUUUUGCAGAACACAUAGUUAUUCCGUGAGGAAAAAAAAACAACAUUCUUUUCAGAGAAAGCUAAUGGGGAAGAUGAGGAUAAUAGCAGGGGAAAAAACGUAGAAUGGCUUAUGCCUGAAAUAGAACUUAAAUGGGAUCUGAGUUCUGUUAGGGGACAGCUAGUGAUUAAAUAGUGUGACACAGAACCCAGCUGAGCACCGUCAGCAUUUUAUGAGUGGUUAUGUGAGACAGCUAGUGGACUGAUUUGGAUCCAGAACGGGAAGAGAAUGAAACUGUUUUGUGUGUUAUUCACUGGAUAGUUGGCCCCAGUAUCUGAAAGAAGUAGUUGCAGAAAGUUGAUGGGGUUUCAGUGUUGUUUGUUCUGCAGUUGAUUGAAGUAGCCUAUAAGGUACUUAACUGUAUAGAAGUACGAAAGGAAAAGAAACAGAAGGAUAAAUGGAAGAAUGGUAAAGUACAGUUAAGCUUCCUGAUUAUGUGCAAGCUACAAACCAAAGAGGAAGCGUAACGCUUACCGGAGGAUCUAGGAGAAUGAAGUUACUGAUUUAUUUUUAUUUUUUAUUUUAUUUUAUUUUAUUUUAUUUUUUUGUAGAUACUGGCGCUACUUUUCUAUUAUGAAUUAUUGUAAAGGACCUUUAGGUAAACAUUCCAUACCAGUAGCUGGGGCCAUGGGAAGGCAAGAGGUUAAACCCUUUUUACAACCAAUUAAAUGUGAGAUUAGAAAUAAGAUUUCAUGUCAUGAGGUUUUAUAUAUGCCAGAAUGCCCUUAUUUCUCAUGGGAUGUGAUUUGUUGAUUAAAUUAGGAACUCAACUUCUGACAAGAACAGGAUUUGGAUAUGCAUUCUGCAAGGUAACACCUGGCAGGCACAAGUCUGUCUAUUACAGAAAUCCCUGAGAGAAGAAAGCAAGAAAAAACAGGUGACUGAAAUUCCAUCUAAAAUGAUAGUUGCUGUAAUUCCUCCUGUUUCUUUGGAGACAGAAAAGCAUGAGAGAGCCACAUCUGACAAGCUGGUAAAAGCAGAAUUGAAGUCAGGAGCUAAAACGAUAAGAUGGAAAAAAUAUCCUGUGAAAAAACUGGAGACUCAUAUUGGGCUAGAACAUUUAUGGGCUAUUCCAACAAUGCCAGUCUGAAGUAAUAAUCUGGUUCUGCAUGUGUAAAGACCAAGUUCUUAAGUUUAUUGAUUAGUCCAAGAUUUGAGAGCUAUUAAUCAAUAUGCAUCCUGGAGUAUCUAACCACUACGCUUUGCUGAUCCAUAUAGUUGAUUGUAAUGUUUGCAGUUUUAGAUUUGAAAGACCUGAAAGAUAUCCUCCUAGAAAAUCCAGACUGGAAGCUGUUCAUCGAUGGAAACAGCUUUGUAGUUAGUGGAGAACGGAAAGCUCUGGUUUGCAAUUAUAACCUGGGAAGAAGAAACAGAAUUAAGACUGUUGCCAGCCAAUAUGUAGGUUCAGAAAGUUGAGCUAAUCACUCUAACUUGAACAUUAAAACUGUCAAAUGAAAAGUGAGUUAACAUUUGCACUGACUUGAAAUAUGCCUUUGGAGUAAUACAUACCGUGUAGUGAUUUGGAAAUAAAGAGAAUUACUAUAAUCUCAAGGAAAUCCUAUCAAAUAUAUCACAGAAAUGAUAAGAUUACUUGACGCAGUUAGUUAGAAAUCUAAGAGAAGCAGCAGUAAUUGCAAGGCAUGCCAGACUGAACAGACUGAUGUUAUCGAAGGGAACAGAAGAGUAGAUGAAGCUGUCAAGAAAAUAGAAUUGUCAGUAACUGUAGGAACCAUACUUGCAGAGAAGUUCUUGAAUACUAAGACUCCUAUUUGUAUGAAAAGCAGGAUAAGUUAGCUUUUGGAAUUAAAGAGUUAAGGAACACAUAGGAGUACUGUGUCAGUGGAAGCUGUAGUUAAAACAGAAAGAUGUACAGUUAUUGCUAAAAAUAUGGUCCAGAUGUGCAGGAUUUGUCUUAAAAAUAAUGCUAAAAUUCAGAGACCCAGGAGAGGUAAAAAAGGGGUCCUCUCUACCUGGACAGCAUUGGCAUUGAAACUGAAAUUGGAAUAUUUUUUCCUGAAUGACCUGAGUGUAAUGGAUAUAAACAAUUAUUGGUAUUGGUUGACACCUUUUCAUGGCAGCUGGAGGCGUUCCUGAUCUGAACCAAGAAAGCAAGAGAAGUAGUUAGCAUUUUAGUAAAGGAAAUAAUUCUAAGAUCUGGAAUUCCUUGUCAGAGUACCUAAUUUUACAGCAAUAUCUAGGUGCCUGAAAAUGAAAAGGGACUUCACUUUGGGAGUGACUGGAACAGGCUGCCCAGAGAGGCUGUGGAAUCUUCUUCUCUGGAGAUAUUCAGAGCCCACUGGGACACUUUCCUGUGUGACGUGCUGAAGGAAACCUGCUUUAGCAGGGGCUGUACAGGAUGAUCUCCAGAGGUCCCUUCCAACCACUACAGUUCUGUGAUACUCUCAUUUCUUUAAACCAGGAGACCAAAUGUAUUUUCAAACUUGGCAAGAAAAACCUUCGAGAAGUGGAAAGGACAAAUACUGCAGUAAAAGGGAUUAACUCUUGGGUUCAUUACGCCAGGACAAAGGCAGAUCCAGCAAGAGGAAUGAAGAGCCGAAGUUGAUUGCCUGAAGCUGAAAAUGAAACAGAAUACUCAGGCUGUAAGUGCAGUCCAUGUACGCACUCACUUAGGAUUGGAAUUUACUCAUAGAAUAUUACUCUUGGUUUUGUACAUCUGAUUUUACUUGUUGUGUAAUCUUUUGCUUAUUUGUGUCACUCUACGAAUACCUUUAAGGAAAGAAACAAGGGAACUAGGUGGGGGUGAUACUCUUUAGUUGCCUUUGGAUGGUAAAGAAAGCUGAGGCAAGUGUAUCGGAACCAGGAAAUGAAUGGAAUUGGGAUAUGUUUCAUGAAAUAAUCCAAAAUACAAUUCUGAUUGCUGGGUUUGUGCUCAUCUUCCAGAACGCCCUGAGCAGGCAGCUUCAUUAGUUGUGGUACCCGUCCCAGCUAAUGUAUCUUGGAGAUACUUAUCAAUUGGGAGAUUUUUUACAGUUAAUGAAGAAAAUACAUCCAUUACAAAAAGAGUUUCAGGCAGGAAUGAUGGCCCUGUAAAAUAGAAAUUUUAAAUAUGUUUGCAUCAAAAGGAGGGAUUUUUACAGUGCCUAACACUAACUGUUGCUUGUAGGUAGACCAAAGUGAUAAGAUUUCUACAGAUUGGGAAGAAAUUUUGGAAGCUUACAAGAAUAUUGUACGAGGUUCAGAAAGACAAUACUUUUUUUGGAGAAACAAUCAAAUGGCUGCCUUCCUGAUUUGCAGGCACUUCCAUUGACCCAGCCUGAUGGAAUGGGUUUCACAAAAGCAAGGUCAAAUAUCCCACUAUUCCUGUGUUUUUGUUGCUUUCUUUUUUAUAUUUUAUUAAAAAUGUAUAUUUAAAAAUAUUUGUUAGUUAUAUACGCUAAUUAUGUAUUUUCUUUGCAAUUCUUUUUCACUCAAUACAAGCCAAAAUUUUGGACAAACAUGAAGUAACCUUUAUACAAGUUUUUGGAUGUGUAUCUUUUGGUAUCAGAGAAUGUAUGUAGGUCAGGAUGACCAUCCUUGAAACUGCUGACAUGAUUAAGAAGAGGAACUCUUAAUCAUGAUUUCACAACUGGACUUGUCUUUGAAAUUAGGAGCACCUUGAGAAAAGAUGCAGUUAAUUGGCAUGUUCUUUAGCUGAUCAAGUGUAGGCUGGAGGCUGCAUUGGUGCAGCAGUUAAGUGAUAAAAAUAUGUAUAAAAAGUGUAGCUUUGUAGGAGACUCCCUAGCACCCAAACUUGCACAGCUUUGCAGUAAAUCAGUAUCUUGUCUCUGCAUGUGAGGUUGGCCGAAAUAACACUGGGUAACAAAUAGACUUUCAGACAAUAUUCUUGCUAGAAUUCUUGAGGAGGUUGUUUUUCUAAAAUGCCUUUUGAGGUCAAAUCAAAAUAUGGAGAGCGGGGAAUAAAGGACAAUAUACUGAUGCUUUGCUAA